GUGCACCCCUCCCAGAGCCGAGCCAGGGCCCCGGAGUGGGUGGCCUGUGUGCUGUGUCCAACAGAGGGUCCAGGGGGCGACCAGCUUAGAACUCGGUCUGCACCCCCGCACUGUCCUCGGUGGUGGUGUGGAUGGGGGGGCAGCCGCCUGGGCCGGACACCUGCUCGCCGGUCUCCUGGUCACUGGCCUUGGGAGGCUGGAGGCCCACGAGCUUGAAAGCGAGAGGACAGCAAACUUGAGUGGAUUUUUGCAAGGAGCCAGGGGCCUACCGCAACAAGAUCCCCUCCACCUAUGGCUGGCUACCCACCCACAGCCACCUUCCCUACCCUGCCACACACGAAAAAUUACACCCAAAAAAAUACACACACACACGAAAAAAUAUAUAUACACACGUUAAAAAAUACACACAGACACAAAAUCUCUGAUCUCUCAAGAUCAUGUGCCUGAGGUAAAGGAUCUCAAUAAAACACAAAGUAUAUUUCCAAACCAGACACACACCCAACCUUGAGUCCUUCCAGCCAUGCCUCAGCUUUCCAAUGUGGUUUCUGGGCAUCUGGUACCAUGCCCAUCCUGGCCUAAUGACAAGCACCCCUCUGUUCAGUCUCCGAGAGACCCAGAAGUGCAUCUUGGGGUGGGGUCAGAGCUGGAGACAGACCAAACACAGAAAACCGGGUAUUGAGCCAAGCAGCAGAACAAGCCUGGAUUUGCUGGGUGCUUCCCGGAAACAAAAUGACCUGAUUCUGAUCUUGGGCUUCAGGGGCAAGGUAGAUCCAGAUCCGCCCCUUCUCACCUUCCUAUAAGAUGAACUCCAGACCUGGGACUGCAUCUUCACUCAUCCAACUAUCAUGAAGCCUUCCACAAAACAUGAGACUUUCCUGCUAGCCUCCAUGCUGCUCUGCACCCUCCUGGGUCUGGCGUACCCACUGAGCUGUGAGGUGUGUAUCAGGAAUGGAGCCAUAUGCACUGGAGUAAUGAAGACUUGCGCCCAGGACGAGGACUCCUGCAUCUCCGUCAUGACUGAGACUAACAAUAAGGGCUCUGUGGACAUGACCAGCUACAAAGGGUGCUCGAAAUCCAGUGAGUGUGACCCGGCAUUCCUCUCCAUCACCGUGGCUCCGGAGAACUACAUGGGGUCCGACACUCGCUGCUGCCAGAAGGAUGGCUGCAACCACAAACCCCCGGCCGCGUUCAGGAGAAAUCUGACAGAGAAUGGCCUUCGGUGUCCUUCUUGCUUCAGCCUCUCUACAGAAACAUGCGCCCCAACUCAGGAAGUGCCCUGUAUUGGCGAGGAAACCCGCUGUGUCACCAUGUCUGGCCUCGCACAGCCUGGCAUCAGAUUUGCUGCCCAGGGCUGUGGCACAGAGGCCGCCUGCCACAGCAAGCCUGGGACCCUGGUACCCUCAGGCUCUCGUUUGUUGACCAUCAAGAAGACCAGCUGUCGUCCAAGCCCCCAGGCUUCUAGCAAGGCUGAGUGAAGAACUGAGGCCCAUGUGGUGUUUGGUCUCCAUUCGUUCUCAGCUACGACUUCCCAUGUGUCUAUAAAUUA